AUGACCAAGGAGAUUAUAGAUUUUCUCCAAUUACAAGGCGAAUCCUUAUACCAAGCUUGGGAACGCUUCAAAGAGCUUCAAAGAAAUUGUCCACAUCAUCAUCUAGGUAGAGAACACCUUAUCUCUAUCUUCUACAAUGGUACCAAUGAGCGUACACGGGCAACUAUUGAUGCGGCAUCGGGAGGAUCACUUAUGAAGAAGACUUAUGAUGAGGCCAACAAUUUGCUAGAGGAGCUCGCUACAAAUAGUUGUUCUUGGUCAACCGAGCGGUUGAGGCAACCACCUCAAAAGGGUAUAAUGACCCUCGAGAAAAUCCAAGAAUUUGAAGCAAUGAAAGCUAAGAAUGCGACAUUUCUAGCACAAUUUGAGAUGAAUAAACAAAAGCUAAUCAAAGGAAUGCUUAACUUGCGGCAAGGCAACGACCCAUAUUCCAACACCUACAAUCUGGGGUGGAGGAAUCAUCCUAACUUUCAUGGAGAAACAAUUCGGGUCAAGCCAAUGCCAACCCAAACAUGGGAGGAGAAAUUUUUUAAGGGGGAAACUGUGGUCCACCCAACCAAGGCAACUUCAACAACUAUCGACCACAACAUCCUCCCGGUUUUUAGCAAAAUCGGAAUGCGGAUGAAGGGAGAAAAAUUGACAAGCUUAUUGAGGAAGUUAGAGCCGGUUUUAAGAGCCAAGCUUCCGUCCAUCACCAUCUCGAGACACAAAUCUCUCAACUUGCCAUCUCGCUUCAAAAGAGAGCUCAAGGUUGUCUACCAUCUACAACGGAAUCAAAUCCAAGGGAGCAAAGAGUGCAAUACGAGCACGAAUGAGGAGGAAGUAACCGAACUUCCAUAUGUCAAGCCGCCACCUCGUCCUCCAUUCGUACAAAAAGUCCCUUUUCCGGGACGAUUGAAGAAGACGCCGGACAACCAAAAAUUCCAUAAAUUUUUGGAAAUCUUCAAGAAACUCCAAAUCAACAUAAGCUUUGCGGAUGCCUUGCGUGAGAUGCCUCAAUACGCAAAAUUUCUCAAAGAGAUCAUAACGAAGAAAAGGAGUUGGGAUGACAAAGGCACAAUUAGUGACUUGCCCACCAAACUUAAGGACCCACGGAGUUUUACAAUUCCUUGA